CAGUACGUAGAGACAGCCGCGGAAGAUAGGUGACGACGCUACCUGGUCCAGUCCAUGUUCUUCGGUCAACCCUCCUCUGUUCCAUGGAACUUGACAAGGAAGCUGAGAGAUAACGACGAGCAGUACUUCCCCUCUUUCCUGGUUUGAUAACUUCAGUUAUCCUCUCUCCCUAUAAAUUCUCUUAUCUUUAUCGAACGUAUAGCCCAGGCAUUCUGUCAGACGCCCGAACGCAAUCGUCAUGACAGACAACAUCACGAUCCCCGCUGCCGUCAAGGCGGCCGAUAUCAACCUCUGGAAAUGCGCGACAAAGGCCCUCCAGCUUCAAUCAGUAAAACCGGAGAUUGCGUAUUGGUGCAAUUAUUGGGUCGUCAACCAGAUCCUUAACAGGGGACUCCACAAAGAGAAUGACGAAAUGAUGACUUAUACGAUGGACUUGAUGGGGAAGCUGGAACAGGCCAAAGCUGAGCACCCGAACGAAGAUGCCUACACAGACGACGAGGUCGGCCAGGUCGUCGUCGACAGAUUCGCACAGGAAACCCUUGAUCGCGCCGAGCGAGUGGUCAAGGCAAACAAAGUGACACAGCAAACGGCCAUGACGUUCGAUGCCGCCGCAACCUUCUUCCACCUGGUCAACAUCUGGGGCCCUCCCGACGAGGAGACGCAACAAAAGAUUAAAUACGCAAAAUGGAACGCCGCACGCAUCGCAAAGGCCAUCAAGGAGGGCAGGGACCCUAACGAAUCCAACCCGAAACGAGAAGAACCCCAACUGCCGGCCUUGGACCCCAGUGAUCCAGAAGUUCAGACAUUGACCGGUUCGGUCGAAAAGACAACACCACCACCCCUUUCGGUCACAGUGGAGGAGGUCCCAGACAGAGACUUGCAGAGGACAGACGCUGCCGGCGUGUCUCUGCCAAUCAGCCCAGCCUCGGCUGGCCCAUCCCCGAUAUCCGAAGCCGAACUCAAGCUGCCCGGUGUACCCAGUGGGCUUGCUGAGCCAGCACCGUCAACAGUCUCCUUGGACUUGGACACUCCAGUCUCAGCUCCCACACAUAACCCUGUCAACUACAGGCCUGAGCCCGAUCUCCCAUCCGCCCCCAGCGCAGUCUCAUCCUACCCGGAUCGUGAUAUCUCGAUGCCGGACGCGGGCACUGCAGUUUGGACACCGGAUGCUGAUCGCCAGCCUCCCGCUCCGCCUGUCGUUCCUCCCACGUUUGCUCCCAGUGCACCAUCAACAGCUGCUGUGGUAUCGCCCCCUGUCAACCAGCCAACUGACUUUUCCUUCCAGAACCCAGCUCCGCCAGCUGCCCAAGCUCCCGCAGUUCCCAGUCUACAGCCAGUUCCUCCCCCACUAGCUGUCUCUGCAGCCACUUAUGCAUCUUCGCAAGUUGCUGGAGGUUUCACAACCGACGAAGCUGCCAUGGCCUCAGCCCAGAAGCACGCUAAAUGGGCUAUUUCAGCAUUGAACUUUGAAGAUGUUCCUACGGCGGUGAAGGAGCUAAGGAAAGCGUUGGAGGUCCUGGGUGCAGCGUAGUUGAUAGGUGUUACACGAGCUACGCAAUGACCCUGAUGGAGGUUUAGGUUAUUCGCUGCGCGCCCACUGAUAUACGAUCCCCGGGCCGGUCAGAUCUCUUUAUUACCUGCUAUCCAGCCGUAUAUACCACUGGAACCAAGGCAUCAAAAUCGGGUUUUAAGCGGCCUUUAUGCAAGCUCGGGCAAAAAUGCCUUUCACACUAUUGAACACUUGGCGGUUACCAGUGGAACAUGGAAACUUUCCAGAAGCAAUGUUUACCAGGGCCCGACAAUGGGAAUGUGUAACCGCCCAGUGACCGUUCGGCCGCAUAGGGAGCCCUAGGCGAGUCUCGUUCUGACAGCUUCCCGAGAGCUGGGAUAAUACAUUGCGCACUUUGAAACGAGACAGCGAAAACACAAUCUGCCGAUUUCAAGGCAGGUCUGAGGGCUGGUACACAGUCCUUCGCAUCGACUUUGA